AUGGCGGUGAAGGGGGCGGUGAAGGAGGGGAAGGAAAUGAGUGAACAGUACGUGACCAACCCCCACACGGGACCCAGAGAAGUGAUGGCGCCGGACCCCGAACUGCGACCGCUGCUUGUAGCUCUGCUCACACUAAACCUCCUGCGAGGGCCGGCCCCCUCCCAGGCCUUCAGCAUCGAGACCCACAACGCCACUGUCUUCGAGGGUGACGCCAACGCACAGUUCGGGUACCGGGUAGUCCAGAUGCGCUCGAACGACAGCUCCUGGCUGGUGGUCAGCGCCCCCCUGGCGGGGAACGGGACGGGGGCCCUGUAUCGCUGCUCCUAUCAUGCGGGGGCCUGUCAGCCCGUCCCCCUGCCCGACACCCCCCCGGUCUCCCUGGGGCUGGCGCUCGCCUCCGAUGAGAUCUCCGGGUCCCGAGUCAUCGCCUGUGGUCCCCGGCUCCAGCAGCGCUGCGAGGAGAACGUGUAUCUGCAGGGGCUCUGCUAUGUGUGGGGGGGCUGGGAGAGCCCCCCCAGGGCCCUGCGCCCGGCCGGCCAAGAGUGCAUUUCAGGGGUGGACGUGGCUAUUUUAUACGACGACUCACUGAGCAUCCAGCCCGACGACUUCACGCUCAUGAAGCAAUUCAUCGGGAAGCUGCUGCGCGCCCUGGCAGGGCCCCGCGUCCAGAUCGCCGUGGUCCAGUUCUCCUCCCACAUCAACCACGUUUUCACCUUUGCCGACUACGUCGCGAAGGGCCUGGAGGCCGUGGAGCAGGACCUGAUGGCCUUCCCCCAUCUGAAGGGGAACACUCACACCCCCUCGGCCAUCCUCUUCACGGUAAAACAAACCUUCGCCCCUGAGCACGGCGCCCGGUCCCACGCCAAGAAGCUGCUGAUCGUCCUGACCGAUGGGCAGUCCACCGACACCAGAAACUUCUUCCCCCAGGCCAUCCAGGCGGCCAACAACAUGGGGCUGGUCCGCUACGCCAUCGGGGUGGGCAAGGCGUUCUCCACGUCCGAGGCGCGCCAGGAGCUGCUCACCAUCGCCUCGCGGGCUGAGAACGUCUUCCAGGUCGGGAGCUUCUCCGCCCUCAGCACCAUCCAGGAGCAGCUUCGUGAGAAGAUCUUCGCUAUCGAAGGGACGGCCCAGGUUUCCAACGCCAGCUCGUUUCAGCUGGAGCUGUCGCAAGGUGGAUUCAGCGCCCUGCUCACCCCGGAGGCCAUUGUGGUGGGGGCGGUGGGGGCCUACGACUGGGCAGGGGGGCUGGAGGAGUGGUCGGGAGACCCCCCCCUCAUGGCCUUCAUCAAUGAGUCCUCCCUGGGGCAGGAGGCCAAGGACUCGUACCUGGGCUAUGCCAUGGCCCUGGCCCGCCAGGGGGGCCGUUUCCUGUACGUGGCCGGAGCCCCCCGGUUUGGGCACGUCGGGCGCGUCGCAGUCUUCCAGCGCCACGGGGGGCGGGUCGGAGACAGUGUCCAGGGGGAGCAGGUGGGCGCCUCCUUCGGGGCCGAGCUCUGCACCCUGGACCUGGACGGCGACGGCGACACAGACCUGGUUCUGAUCGGGGCUCCCGGCCACCAGAACCGUAGCCGGGGCGGCCUGGUCCGGGUCUGUGCCCUGCGGGAUGGGGGCUCCCUGAGCUGUGCCCAGACACUGUGGGGGUCCCCGGGGGACGGGCUGGGCCGGUUCGGGGCGGCACUGGGGCCCCUGGGGGACGUGAACGGGGACGGCACGGGAGACGUGGCCAUCGGGGCCCCCAUGGAGGAUGAGGGCAGGGGGGCCCUUUACAUCUUCCUGGGGGAGCCGGGGAGACUGGCCCUGAGAGACCCCCACAGCCAGCGUAUCUCCGCCUGGUCUAUUUCUCCCGCCCUCCGGUUUUUUGGUCAGUCCGUCCAGGGACGGCUGGAUCUCAGUGGGGACGGACUCACGGACAUGGCCGUUGGGGCCCUGGGCCGGGCCGUGCUGCUCAGGUCCCGUCCGGUGAUCGGCGUCUCCUGCUCCCUGGUGCCGAAUCCGACCCUGAUCCCCCUGGACAAUGUCGGCUGCACAGGGGGGGCGGGCGGGGGGGCCGGGCAGUUUGCCCUGACCCUGUGCUUCAACCUCAGCCAGAUCAGCCUGGGGGGGCCAGCCCCACUUCGCGCCCGCAUCUCCUUCACGCUCCAGGUGGAUGCUGGGAAAUCAAACCCGCGCCUGGCGCUGCACGACGGGACCUCGCGGCUCAUGGAGACCAUGCUGGUCGGCUCUGGGCCAGCCUGCGCCACCAAAGCCCUGCACGUCCUGCCCUGCCUGGAGGAUUUCCUGACGUCAGUGAAGCUGCAGGUGAAUUUCUCGGUCCAAGGGGAGCCGAUCCCGGGCACGCGGGGUCUGACCCCCCUGCUGCUCCCCAACACCACCACCAUCACCCACAUACAGGUUCCCUUUGAGAAGAACUGUGGGCCGGACGAGGUGUGCGUGGCCGACCUGCGCGUCUCCUUCAACUUCUCGGGGUCCCCAGGUCUCAGACUGAGCCCCCAUUUCCCACUCAACCUGACGGUGCAGCUGGAGAACGCGGGCGAAAUGGCUUAUGGGCCGGUGCUGACGAUCCAGUACCCCCCAGGGCUGUCCUUCCGGGGAGGCUCUGUCCUGCAGUCCCACUGGCCGGUCUCUCUGGUUUGCGACGUGCCUGGAGCUCCCGGCCAUCUGUCCGUCCUCAACAGCUCCUGCAAGCUCAGCCCCCAGGCCCUGCGGGACAGAACGAAGGUUUUCCUCCGUCUCUCUUUCCACGUCUCCUCUGUCACUAGCUGGGGGGACGACCCAGCCUCCUUCACUGUCCGAGCUGCCUGUCAGAAUGAGAACGGGACCUUGGCGGACAACGCAGCCACGCAGGAGCUGCCGGUUCUGCACCCGGUCGGGGUCGUCGUGACGGGGUUGGAGUCGAGUACUUACGUCAGCGUCUCGUCGGAGAUGCCGGAGCGCCACGCCAUCGCCCACCGCUACCAGGUGCAGAAUUUGGGGCCCCCUACUGUGCCCGUCGCUGUGACCUUUGAACUCCCCAUCCGGGCCGAACUUGGCUUCAUCUGGGACGUAUCCGUGAACCUCAGUGGUGGGGAACAGGAGUUCACAUGCACCCCGCCCCUGACGCUCCGAAUGGGGAUUGCAGCCCAGACCCCAAAGGAACCAGUGACACGCGGGUGUCUAGGGGCGUCUGUCUGCACCCGGGUCCGGUGUCAGGUGGCCUCUCUGGCCCGUGGAGAAUCCCGCAGAUUUAACUUCUCCGGGGAGCUGUACAGGCCGGAGGACGGCGCUAAGCUGGAGGCCCGCAGGCUCCAGCUCCGCAGCGAAGCUGCUGUCAGCAUCGACGAGACCAAAUACUUCCAGAUCCAGCCAGAGGAAUUCCAGUAUAGCCAGAUCACCACGGAGGUGGAGUUAAUUUCCCAUUUCAACCCGGUCCCGGUGAUUAUCGGCAGCUCCAUUGGGGGCAUCCUGCUUCUCGUCGUAAUGGUCGGGCUCCUGUAUAAGUUCGGCUUCUUCAAGCGGAAUCGGCCCAUGACCCCGGAGGAGACCCCAGGAGCGGAGCCUGUGUCUGGGGGCCCGCAGGGAAACGGGGCCCCACCAGAGCCCCCCUCUGCACAGGGAUCCACUGACCCCGAGGGGGUGUCAUGA